AGACUUGUGAGCUUCUAUGUAUUUCUGUAUUCUUUGGUAUAACUAUAUAAAUGCUGGAUGUCAAAAUAUUAAAAAGAAAAUGUUAAGGAUGUCUUGUUUUAGUAAAGAAAACUACAUGAUAGAUCGCUCAGUAGAUUGGUGUGUUUACAUGUGAUUAUGAAAGCAAAACAAAAUAUGCGGACAAUUAUGGAGAAAUCCUAUUUUAUUCAAUUUAUAAAUCAUUACUUUAGCUGUGUUUUGCGAAAAGAAAUGUAACUACCGUUGUUUUCUAAUAAUUGUGAAGUUAUAAGAUGUGGUAAUUAAAAUUAGUACAGCAAAAGAAUUAAUGAAUAGAAUAACAUUAUUAAUAGUAUUUACAAAGAUUUAAGAUACCAUGUAAAAUGGCGAAACUACUGUUAAUUAAUAAAUAUGAACAAAAGUCUUAUCACCAAUUGGGAUUUUAGAAAAGAAAGAUUACAAUGAAGUCAAUUUAUAAAUUAUUUGUUUUGUGUUUAACACUAGCUGUUUUGGUAAUACUAUUGAAUUUAACUACAAAUUUGAAAAAUAAGAUAUACGAUGAGCACAAUAAAGAAAAAUUGUCAUACUCUUCGCCUAAGAAAAAAAUAAAUAUACAUGCAACCAGAGAAGUAACUAUUUGUGUUGUAGUCUGUGGAGAUAGAUUAGAUGAAUCGUUGACUAUGCUUAAGUCAGCAUUAGUUUUUACAAAUACGUCAUUACAAUUUAUAGUAAUAACAGAAAAUAAUUUGAUACCUGCAUUUAAUGAAAAGUUAUCAGAAUGGAAACUUAUUUCUAACAAAACAUUUGACUUUGUAAUAAGAUCUGUAACAUUUCCGGAAGGAAAUGAUCCAGGAAUAUGGAAAAAAUUAUUUAAACCUUGUGCUGCUCAACGAUUAUUUCUACCAACUGUCUUAAACAAUACGGAUGCAGUUUUGUACAUGGAUACAGACACAUUGUUUUUAGCUCCACCAGAGAAAAUAUGGGAUGAAUUUAAAAAGAUGAACUCCAGUCAACUAGCUGCUUUAAGUCCAGAACACGAGGAUCCCAAUACUGGCUGGUAUAAUCGAUUUGCUAAACAUCCAUAUUAUGGAAAAUUGGGAGUAAAUUCUGGUGUUAUGUUGAUGAAUUUAACAAGAAUGAGAGAAUUUAGAUGGACCAAUUAUGUUGUGCCCAUUCACAAGGAAUAUAAAUUAAAGAUAACAUGGGGAGAUCAAGAUAUUAUAAAUAUAAUAUUCCAUUAUCAUCCUGAAAAACUUUAUGUUUAUCCAUGUAGAUUUAAUUACAGACCUGAUCAUUGCAUGUAUAUGUCAGUCUGUACAGAAGCAGAGAAACAUGGAGCAUUAGUGUUACAUGGAUCUCGAGGUAUGUUUCAUUCACAGAAACAACCACCAUUUAAAGCUAUAUACAGAUCUAUGCAAGAGUAUCAAUUGAAUACAGAUCCGUACGAUUAUUUACUUGUACCGAUGAGAAAUUAUUUAACAUUGGAAGAUAAGUCUAAUUGCGGCAAAGUAUGGAAAGCUUUUCUUAUACAACCCGAAUUACAUUUAAACAAAAAUGGUUAAAAUUACGUAGUAAUAAUGGGGUUUGUAUAUAUAGGUACUCCAUCUUAUGUGAA